GAUGGUCUUUCCCGGAAGUGCCGCCAUCUUGCGAAACCGGCCUGAGGCGGAGGGAGCCGAGCGGGGCGCGGGCGGAUCCCCCGGGGCAGGCGCGAGGGCGGCGGCCGCCAGGAGGAGCCCGGGAAGGGCAAGGAAGGGAAGGCGCGCAGCCGACGGUGAGUCCGCUCAGUCCAGCUCGCCGGCGGCGGACGGGACGUCCAUUUCUCCGCCUUAUUAGGACUCUUCUCCCUCUUUUAAUUGGGCCUCGUUAGGACCCGAACGACUUUCGCUUCCCUUCCCCGCUGGCGAGACGGGAGUUUGGGCGGCGGGGGGGGGGGAGGGAGGCUGCGCUGUCUGCCCCUUUUCUCUGCCUCACAACGGCCGCUGACGGGCCGCCAGCUGCGCGGGUUGCCUGCCUUCCGCGGGUGGCGGGGCGGGAGCGUCUCAUGACCAGCCGGAGACUGUCCCAAACCGGGGGGGGGGGCGGGUGAGAAGGAGGGAGAAGCGGCUCUCAGGCGCUUGGGUGGCGGGCAGCGGCGGGUGUUGACGCUUGUCCCUUCCUCUGGUGUUUGCGCUUCUCCUGAAAUAGUUGCUGGCGAGACAUUCCGGGGUGGGGGAAGAAUUUCGCAGGCGCGCUUUAUCGCCCGCGGGGCUCCGGGGCAGCGCAAGCCGCUGGCGUCGCCAUCCCCGGGCCCAGGGGGCGGGGCUCGCCUCCGAGAGGCUGAGGGUCUGACGCCACACGUCUGUGUCUCUCGCCUCGUUACGGAGCUCCGCUUUACCUUUGAGAUAUUACUCUCAACUUCCACUCCCUCGCCGGCAAAUUUGAUCCCCCGGGCCGUGAUGAUGACCCGCUGGAAAGUGAUUCCGACGAGGGACGGGAUGUACGAUGUAUUCCUGGCGGUUUAAUGGAUCCCAAGUGGAAGGAAAAUGAGGAGGUCGGAAUCCCUGGAAGAUCGGCCACGUGCUGCGAUUUAAAUGACGACCCCCUGACUCUUGUGAAACGUCUCCCUGGCUUAUAAUGGCAGCCCCCUUAGCUCUCCCCUGGCCACUUGGCUCAGUCAGAGUAGUGCGCCACAAGUAGUUGGGGUGUUGUGUUUCGAAAGGCAUUUUGCCAGUAGGGGAGAAAUAAACGCAGUAAACUUAGAGCAGAGGCAGAUGAGUGAAAAGGUAGUCAGUGAAGUACAAAUGGAGGAAAGAGGGACAUGAGGGAGAUGCUUUAAAAAAUAAAAUAAAGUACGGGUUGUACUAGUACUUUAGUCACGUUAUGUGGGUAUGGUUCAGUGCUAAACUACACAGAUACUUGCAUGGUUCAUAUAUGUGGUUUCUUGUGUGGGAAUUGCUGUACUGCACUUUCGCCCAUAAAUUUAUUAACUUACUCUUAGGAUACUAAUAUAUGAGAAAAUACUGCAUGUAUAUGCUGCUUCCUUGUUCCAUGUACUGCUCCAUUGCAGGAACAUACAGUACUAGAACAGUUUCUCUUGCUGCAGAAGAGGGAAGUGUUGCUGGGAGACCAUUUUCUGUACAGUUUUACAUGGUCUGGAAUUUACUUCUCUCAGUUUGCUAUAGCUAGGUCUUUUUUCUUCUUCAAAUGCUUCUAGAACUAUUCACUUUUGCCACUUACAUAAAACAUUCAUGUAGUUCCUAAUGUUUCGUUUCCUUACUAUGUUCUGAGUACAAUGGAGAAACAGGAUAUUGGGAAGUGGCUGUCAAGGUGGACACGAAGAGAGGGCAUUAUCUAUCCUAUGCCUCUGUGUAAUGUGUUUUCAUUGCAGUAUACUAUACUGCUAUGAUGGCUGCUUCUUUGCCCCUUGAUGGGGCGGAAGCAUACUGAAGUUGGCUGUCAGACAGAGUGGUCCCUCUGCUUCCUCCAGGGUCACACUACCUGUUUCAAGGCAAGGGGGAAAGGUGUAGUAUUAGGGUAGAUGAACAGAAAGGAUAGGGCACAGAAUGGCUUGAAAAACUGAUUUGAGGGGGGAAGGGAUGGAGUGAAGGGAAAUAAGGCAAUGAGCAAAGAGCACUUCCUCCACCCCAAGGGAAAAUGGGAUAUUGGUUCCUAUUUCUAAAAGUGUCUGAAACUGCAUACCUUUUUACUUUCUCUCAGAUAUGUGGAGUGGCUAUCUUGAAGAAUACUGCUCCGGGUAACCCUGAGAUCACAGGAUGGAAUAAUGUUUUUGAAUGAAAUUGUUCUUUGAAUGUUUUAACGGUUUUGGAAUGUUUUUGUUUUUAAAUUGUGGAUCUAUUUGCUGCCCUGGACUCCUUCAGGAGGAAGGGUACGGUAUAAAUUCAAUCUAUCAGUCAAUAAAAAUGCAACACUUAGAUAUAUUACUGAAUGAUGGUGGAGACUGACCUCUCUCCUAUGGGGAGGGGAUAGAGUUCCUUAGUCCUUCCACUCCAAAAUCAUAGGCAUUCUGCUAGUUGAUUGCUAUACCAUUUUGUGGUGGCUUUGUCUACUAUUUUAGAGUUGGAUUUUUGUACACUGUAAAUGCCCAAUUAUUCACUUGAUAUACAUUUGCUUGCAUUUGGCAACUGAAUGUUUGUGCAGAUUUUUGCUGCCCUUACAAAUUAUUUAGUGUGAUUCCUGACUGCAUUUUUGUGUGCAUCUGGUCAUUAGGUUUGUUCUUUCCAUAUUUGUUUCAUCUAGUUAGAACAUUCCAAGUGUUAAAAGUGAAAACACACUGAGCUGAUUUGCAUGUCAUGUUCAAGUCAGGGGUACCUAAUCUGUGUCCUCCAAUUGUUGGUUGACUGCAGUUUCCACCAUCUCUAAGAACAUAAGAAUAUCCUGCUGGAUCAGACCAGUGGCCCAACUAGUCCAGUAUCCUGUUCUCACAAUGGCCAAUCAGAUGCUUGUUAAAAACCAGGAUUCCAACAACUGGUAUUCAGAAGGAUUGCUGCCUCCCAACUGUGGAGGUGGAGCAUAGCCAUUAUGGCUAGUAGGCAUUGAGAGCUCUCUCCUCCAUGAAUUUGUCUAAUAAUCCUCUUUUAAAACCACCCAAGUUGUUCACCAUCAUUGCUUCCUGGGGGAGUGAGUUUGACUAUGUGCUGGUUGUAGACGUACCUUCUUUUAUCUGUCCUAAAUCUUUCAACGUUCAGUUUCAUUGGAUGUUGAUAAGUAUUAUGAGACGGGAAGAAAAAAAAUUAUCUGCACUUUGUCCAUUCCAUGCAUAAUUCUAUAAGCAUCUACCAUGCAGCCACAGAAAGCCCUCUCCCUGGUUCCAAUAAAAAAAGAUAUAUAUUAGUGGGACCAGAAGUAGGACCAGAAACAAAUACACAAUCUGAGUCCAUAUUUGUUCCUGCAGCAUGGAUUAAAUCAUGUGUCUCUGUUUUGCUUUAAAUGAGGCUUGCUUAUUUUUUGCUUGCUGUCAUGCAUAGCUGUCAAUGCAAAGAUAGAGGUAAUCCAAUCUAUGUGUCUCAGAAUGAAGGCUGAUUGGUGGGUUCAUGAAGGGAUUUUUGUCCAGUGUAAAAUGUGAUACACCAGAGUGUGUAUCAUCCCUGACACAUUUUAAAGUAUAUGGAAUCUGGUGCUUUCCAUAUGCACUUGUCCUUAAUAUAUUUCUUGCUGUAAGAGUAGCUGCAAAAUUGGAAAUGCCCGUUUUGUUUAAUUCAAAAAUGCACUGUCCUGAAGAUGUCUUCAUUACUUCUUCAUCUCUGGAUGAUCUUACAGAUGUCUCUGGACACUUUUUUUCCAGACAUAUGCUAUUCCACCACCAUUUGUGUUUCUGGGUAUCUGGGCAAUGCUUGUUUAACUUGCCGGUAAAUACAGUACCAUUGUCUAUGAAGAAGUCAGCCUAGUCCUUGAAGGCCUCUUCUUACCCAGGGACUAACUUAUUUAAGAGCCCAACCUUAUCAGCUUAAAUCCUGCCUUGUUAUACAGCAAAUUUUUCAUGCCUACCAUCCACUUCUUCUUUUCCCUAGCUUGAGCGUGCAGCAUAGUGAUUUCCUUGCAGCCUGUCUCUGAAGCUGAGUUGCAUGGCCGUGAUAACCUCAUUGCAAGGCCGAGAACAUUGCAAGGCCGAGAAUAAGGCCGAUACUAGUACAGGCCCCAGAACUAGUAUCCUUAAAAGUAUUAUUAUUAAAAAGUACCACUCAUUUCUUAAUUUUACCAUUGUGAAACUGUAAAAUAUUCUUAUGCUGUUCAACCUAACUUUAUUUUUAAAUUUAUGCAUGUGCUAAGAAAGACAGUUACCUUAAUUUCUGCCCCCCCCAUUUAUUUUUCACAGGAAAGUGAAUAUCAUAAUUCCCAGACCAAGCUGUCAAAAUUAUGUCUGUAUUUGUCACCUUGCUCCUGAAUUUGUCUGUAUCACUCUGUCUUUUUUAUGAAUGUAAUUAUAACUAGUCUGCAUGCAUGCAGAUCCUUGUCUGUCCCAUUGUUCAGAAAUUUUCUGUAGUAUCCACUUGUCCAUUAACAUUUGAAAAGUGGGUGAGUUUAACACAUUUUCCCCUGUCAAUUAAGUUUCCUUGCAUCUGUUCAUGGCAUCUAGAUUUUUGGUUAUAUAAAUUGGACAUUUUCUUCACUAAACAUAUUUUGCUACAUUUCUAAAUGUGAAAUAGCUUCGUUAACUCUCACUGGGUAUGUAUAUAUUAGCGGGCAGAGCAGAAGCUAGUUUCUCUUAGCAACCAUGUAAGGGUAAAACUGCUGAAUUUUUUGCUCCUUAAGAGAACUUGGAGCUAAAACAGUUCUUCAUGUCUUCUGUAUUGGUACAAAUGCUGCAGACUAGCUUGCAGAGUGGAUGGCCUUGUGUGUUGCAUUGUAUUUCAACCAGGCUUCCAGUCCCUGCAUUUGCCAACCUGUUAGUUUGUAUGCAUUUUUGCUACAACUGGGGGCCCAAGCAAAAGAUGAUAAUGUUGGUCUCUGGCAGUGCUAAUGGACUUGGAAUAUAUCUUGUUGAUAAAGUAACUAGUCUGUGAAUGGGUUAGCUCAGAAGAUCAGAGACUUAAACUUUGAAACAAUGAAUAUUUUUCAUCGGGGGUGUUUGAAGACCCUGUCAUCGGUUGGGAGAAAUAUAUUUAUGAAAGGGCAUUAUAAAUUCUGUAAUUAUUUGAUAAUGUGGGCCCAUAAACUUUGAGUUGGCAUACACACCAACCAUUAUUAUACUUAGAAAACUUGGGAGAGGGGUGAAUUUGUGCUUGGGUUGGAGCUACCAAACCAGGGAGACUUGUGCUGCUUCUGCCUUUGAAGUCCAGUGCAAAAUGAAAGGCACGGCCCCAUAGGACACUGUGUUCUAAGGUUGUGCACCACAUAUUUUUGCUGCUUGCUUCCUGUGAUGGUAUCUCAGGAAUAUGGUGUGCUGCAUUUUGAUGCAAUAUUAUCUCCCAGAUAACCAGAGAGAUUUAACAUCCAUGAGCUGUUCAAAAGCAUACUGGCUUGAGUAGGUAUUACUGUGGCUGGAAAGUAAAUGACAUUUCCAUGCACUCUGGCUUCCAUCAUGGUGUCACAUUGUGCCAUAAGUGGUUUACUCAUGUUGGCCACAUGACCUGGAAAACUGUCUGUGGACAAACACUGGCUCCCUCGGCCUGAAACCGGAGAUGAGCACUUCACUCCAUAGUCAAAUUCGACUGGACAAUGGUCAAGGUUGAUGGGAGUUCUAUUACUACUACUACAGUUUAGUAUCCCCCCCUUUAUCCUAAGAUCCCAGAAUUAAAAUGCAACAUUAAUAUUCAUACAGUGGUACCUUGGUUUAAGAACAGUCUGGUUUAAGAACGAUUUGGUUUACAAACUCCGCAAAACCGGAAGUAGUGUCCCAGUUUGAGAACUUUACCUCGGUCUAAGAACGGAAUCUGAAUGGUGGAAGGGCACCGGCGGCGGGAAACCUCAUUAGGGAAAGCGCACCAUGGUUUAAGAAUGGUUUCGGUUUAAGAAUGGACUUCCGGAAUGGAUUAAGUUCAUAAACCGAGGUACCACUGUACACAAUUUCCCACAAUAUUAAAAACAGUUUAAAGCGACUUAAAAUUACACAAAUAAAAUGUGUCCUUAAAAUAUACAUCAAUUGUCAAAAGCAAGGCUAAAGAGGUGUAGUCCAGAACAUAUGGGGGACACCAGGUUGGGGAAGGCUGCUCUUUUCCCACUUUCUGUAUAUAGACAAACAUUCACAAACAUGCACACUGAUUACCUUCCUCACAUCUUUUCCCCUAUGUUACAUGUUACCUGGAAAACAGUAGCCUCUUGGAGGAGCCAGAAGGUUUAGCCUGUAAGCCUUGUCCAUGAAAAACAAAAACUUUGUUAUAGCUGUAGCUGGUGUCCAGGAGACAGUUCUGUUUAGUUGAUUGCUGUUGUUCAUUGUAGAUCAGCUUCAGUGGGGUGCCCUCAAAGAAGAGAUUGCCCUUUUGGCUUGGGUGUAUGGUGAAGGCAGUUGGGUGUGGAUGGGCUUGCUCCUACAGCCCCAAGUGAGAGAUUCAAGCGAGGCAGGAGGGAUGGAUAUGAAUGUUCUGGCUUCCAAGUUAGAAAUGCAAUGCUGGGGAAUUGUGUCUGUUGUGAGAGCAGAUUGCAGCUCACAAAUACAUAUCCUGUGUGGUUGGAGAUAUUUGUUGAUAUUGUGAUCUUAUAUUGUUUGGCAUUUACAGUCAUACCUUGGUUUUCGAACAGCUUUUGAACAUUUUGGCUCCUGAAUGCCACAAACCCGGAGGUGAGUAUUCUGGUUUGUGAACUAUUUUUGGAAGCCGAACGUCCGGCAGGGCUUCCGAUUGGUUGUAGGAGCUUCCUGCAGCCAAUCAGAAGCCACACUUUGGUUUUGGAAGUCAGACUUCCACAAUGGAUUCCGUUUGAUUUCCAAGGUAUGACUGCACAAUACUUUUAUACUUUUUUUGAAUUAAUAUGCUGUUCAUCACAUCUGGGGCCUUCAUACCAAAAGCUGUUUAUAUACAAAUCAUAACAUGAAUAUUUGCACACAAACAUGCAAGCAUUCACAACCAUGAAACUUAACAACAUCAUAACUUCUUUUCAACACUCUCCAUACCCAGUGCAUCUGGUUGAAGGUAUGUAUGAAGAUACAGAGUGCUCUGUGUGUGUUUAUACAAAUAUUUGCCUUCUACUUACCCAGUUUGAAAUGUUUUAUCUCCCUUAAACAAUACAGUCAUACCUUCGCUUACCUAAACUUCAGGAUCCGUAAGCGGCAAACUCGGAAGUAUAUUUCCGGGGUUUUGCCACAUGUGCAGAAGCGGUCCCUCCAGUUGCGGAAACCUCGGGAUCCAACCGGAGCUCCGGAACGGAUCCCGUCCACAACCGGAGGUACCACAGUAGAGAAUUUUAACUAGGUCAAAUAAAGAUGUUCUGUUUGGGUGUGGCCAGUCUACUACGUGGCUGGCAGUCUUAUGUUAUACCAUACACACUUGCCUGGAAGUAAGUUUCCUUUGAGAUCAAUGGGAUUUACUUAUUAAUUAGUAUUGCACUGAUACAGUUAUCUACAUCACAGUUGUAUUCCAUCUGAGGAGCUUAGUGUUCUAGCUUCGCUAGUUGUCCUGAGAGAUGUGAGCUCCUUGUCCCAGUAAAUUUCAUAAGCAAGUGACCCACUUUCUCCGGCCAUAGGCACUGCCCUACUAGAUCACCAUCUAGUCUAGUCCAUCAUUCAGUUUCCAGGAAGGAGAAACAGGGAAGGUGGAACAAGCUUUUCCCCCUGCUAUUCCAGAGGGUAGGAACUGAGCGAUUGGAUUCAAAUUAUAAGAUUCCAACUAAGCAUUAGGAAGAACUUUCUGAUGGUAAGAGCUGUUUGACAGUGGAACUGACUCCUUUGGGAGGUAGUGGACUCUCCUUCCUUGGAGGUUUUUAAGCAGAGUUUGGAUGGCCAUCUGUCACAGAUGAUCGCAGGGAGCUGGACUAGAUGACCCUUGGUAUACCUUCCAACUCCAUGAUUCUAUGAAACCAAUUGAGUCCUAGGAAGAUUGCAAGCAUCUUGUAUUAUUAAUAUGGCAUCUUGAGGUGUGUUUCCUCUGACUAUGAAAAAGCUGCUUAGCUAUCAUGGCUGAAUUCUGUUAAUUCCCCUAGGACUCUGAGUUCUAGGGGAACUCCCCCGAACAGAUUGUUGUUGUUGUUUGGAGACUUCCGUGGGCAUAAGCAGAUUUCUGUUGUGCAAGUGGGUGGACAUCAUUGGUCAGUUCACAUUUUCUAUACUGGGAUGGCUAAUCUGUGGCCGUCCAGAUUUUGUAAGGCUACAAUUUACAUAGGGGUUGUAUGCAGCCAAAUCAUUUUGCAUGUCAAACAACUUCUGCAGGUGCAACAGAACUUCCACUCCCUCUUCUCUGGUGUGAAGCCCCAGUCUGAUCUGGGGUUUUCCCCAAGCCUCAGAGCAGAUUUGGUGUCAGUGUAGGGGGAGGAAGGGGAGAGGGAGUUCCAUUAUGCUCACAGAAGUUGCAUACACAGUGAUUUAGGUGGAGUCGAUCUAUAAUUGCUGACCAUUGACCGUGCUGGCUAGGAUUGAUGGGAGUAUGAAGUCCAUCAACAUGUGGAGGUCACAAGUUAAGGUCCCCUGUCUACAUUAUUUGAGUAAUUACAGCAGGGCUGUCUUUAGCAUAUGCAACACCGGGGUGCAAAGAUCCGUCCAGCAUCCCCAAUUUUUUGGGGAGGGGGGAGCCAAAGUUGAGUAGGAAAUAACUGCUUUUGUUUCCUGACUCGUCGGGAAUAUUUGACACUGGGGGGGGGCAGGAACUUUCGCUCCAUUGCUUUUCACUGCCGCCGAUUGAGAGGAACCGGUAUACAGUUGGUAUGCAUUUGGCGCUCCCCAGAAUUCGGCGCCUUGCACCCCUGGGUAAAGACAGCCCUGAAUUACAGCUAGUUUAGACACCCCUCAUUGUAUGUGUGAAGUUAGGAUUUUCUGCUGUAAUGAAUAUCCCUUUGCUACUCAUUUGGUAUUUUGUUGACCAUUUAGUAUGUGUGAAAUUUAGCCAAAUCACUGGGGGCUUGAUAAAAUUGCUGCAAAUGCAGGAUGUGAUCCAUGAGCUAUCAGUUGACCAUUCUUGCUGUGUAUUAUAAAAGCAUAAAAGAAUGAUUUCUUUGGCAUUGCCCAAACCUCAUGGGGGACUGUUAACACGAACAACUUGCCACAUGGAGCCAUACCCACUUGGUUGAAUUGCAGGUUGCCAUCUUCUUUAGUUUUUGUACAUAAACAAGCCAUUAUCUCUUGUGGACAGACAUGUUCCUACGCUGCCAAGGAUAUUGGACUGAGUGUUGCAUUCCCUCCCCCUUUAGUUUAGUAAAUCUAAUAAGCAGCAGAGCUACUGUGGCUUAAAGGAUGUCUAGAGUAGUUUGUAAACUAAAGUUGUAGACUACCAUGAACCAGUGUCAGGAAAGUAACUUUGGUUCUAUUAUGAGAGGUCAGUUCACUGGAUCUAUAGGUUUUGGUCUCAGAGAGAUGGCUCAUAUAUCACAGAGAAGCACACUUGUUUUCUAUUGUAACAUGCAAAGUGGGACUCUUAUUUACUGCUUUUGCUGCAGUUAAAUAUAGUCAUCCCUCAUUUUGCAUGUAAUGGCAGAAGCACAAUCAAUUCAUCCUUCUGCUUCCCCCCUCUUGAGUUUAGAAUCCUCUAUCUUUAACCUCAACUGCUGAUUUACACUCCUCAAAAGAGAGGAGUAUUGAGUGUGAUGGGGGGAAAAGAUUUAAAGAAGUUGGGUUACAUAAUCAUAACAACAUAAGAGACUAGCUGGAUCAGACCAAAAGCCCAUCUAAUCCAACUUUCUGUUCUCACAGCAACCAACCAGACGUCUGUGAAAAACACUCAGGCAGAACAUGACACAUAACAGCACUUCCUACUUGUGUUUCCCAGCAACUGAUAUUCAGAGGCAUAUUGCCUCUGAUAGUGGAGAUAAUAUAGUUAUUGUGAACAAUAGUGAGUGAUAGCCUUAUCGUCCAUCAAUUUAUCUAAUCUCCUUUUAGAGUCAUCAGAGUUGGUGGUCAUCACUUCUUCAACUUGUACAAGUGAAUUCUGCUGUAGAAAAAAGUGCUUUUAUCUGUCCAGAAUAUCCCACCAUUCAGUUUCAUUGGGUGACUGGAUUCUGAGAGGAAGGAGAUCUAUUUCCAUUUUCUCUACACACUUUAGCUUUACACACCUCCAUCAUGCCCCCCUUAUUGUCAUUUUUUAAAGCAAAAAGCCCCAAGCCUAAUCUUUCCUCACAGGGGAGAUGCUUCAACCUCCUAAUCAUUUUGGUUCUCUGUGUUCUCAUCUUCAGUUAUUUUUAUUGAGGUAAAUUAUACUGACUCAUACUUCAAAGAAAACCAAUAAGCAGUUAACCAUCUAUGUAUAACUAGUAAGUUUGAGCACUACAGCUUUAGGACAAUGAGCAUGCAACUGCCUUUAACAUGACAGUCAUUCUCCAGAAGUGGUUGUUGAAACAGUAAAUAUAAGCCAUCAUAUUACCAGGCACUUAGCUUCUGACCUGGUUUGCAAGUAAGAACAAUAGAAGUAAUAGAGACUAGCCAGGAAAUAAACAAGCUAACUAAAUGGAGAUUGGUACAUUCAACAGGUAUCAGAGUUGAUUUCUACGGUAGUUCAGAAUUAGCCUUGAAGGCACCAAGGAACCCGAACUUCAUAUGAAAGAAGACACUCCAUGGUAGGUGUAGGAAAGUUAAUAUGCAUAAUUUACCCACCUUUUUUUUAGAACUAUGUGUCAGUUUGGUAAAACUUGCGUCUGAAGAAGGUUUUAACUAAUGUGUGGGAAAGCAAUUUUGGAAAAGGAGAAAGGACUUCAACUUCAUGCCAGAGCUUGAGAGUUUAACACUGUGAGAAUUUCAGACUGAAUUGUGCAUUGCAGUGAAAAAUGCUAUCGAUGAUUUUUUCAUAUCUUGUAGCUAGCAUAUUAAGAAAUGACUUCUUUGGCCAGGAGUCUCUAAAUUUCACCUUGUUUUCCAAGUGAAAUUGGGAAGCUUACCAAUAGGUUCAAUUGGGAUUUCUCCCUGUUCUAUAUGCCAUUCUCAAGGCUGAAGUGAAAUGUUGUUCUAUUGAAGGAAGUAGAAAUCUUACCCAGCCCCACAUAGCAAGCAUGUUGAGCCUGGUUAUAUAUAUGUUGAGCCAGGAUUUAAUAAGCUUCCACCAUCUCAUAAAAUGUGAUUAGUUGACCUCAAACCAGGAAAGCAGUGUAAUGAUGCUUGUUUUAAGAAUAUUCUACCUAAAGAAAUAUUUAAGGGCUCAUACUUUUGUGGUAGUGAGUUUGAUUGGAAGCUAUGAAGCUAGUUUGUGUUCUUUUCUGCUCUGUUGCACACAACUAUCUUCAUGGAUCUGACACUCUGUUUAUCUGACAGUGCACUCAGUACUGCUUUGCCAGGGAAAAUUGCACAAAACAAGCCCAGUGCAUCAGCAUUUUCAUUGUGUACUGAGCUGAGUCUCUCUUCACAUGGUCACAUCCCCUUUUUAAUCCUGGUCCUCAUGUUUCUUUCCCAGUCCAGCCUGUUUUUGUGGUGUCUGUUGCUGGUCUCCCCAAGCUUGUGUUCUUGUGGUUUGAGUGUUAUUUUGUGUGGAUCACUGUGUUAAGACUCUCAGAAAUUAAGUGGUGGUGUUCAAUUGGUUCGACAGGACAGUGAUCUAGCAUUAGUGGUUUGUGGUAAGCAGAGAAGUGAUGGCUGCUUUUAAGUUGGAUUUCCUCCCAGAAAUGAUGGUGGAUCAUUGCUCCUUGAAUGCCAGCCCUAUGUGAGUAUUUUGUUUUCAUAGCUAAUCUACAUUAAUGCUGAUUGCUUUCAAUUUGUUCUUUUGAAGGUAAUUGGUGGGGGAUUUUAUUAUUGUUCUGUAUUAAGGGAAGAACCAAAAGAGGCAUAUAAGACCCUAGAGUUAAUUUAUGGAAGAGAGCCUAAAAAAUGCUUGGAGUUAAUACUCCAUGAACAAGAACUCAAUUGGGGACAGUAUGUUAAGUUUGUACCCAGCAUAGGAUUAUGUUCCAGGGUGAGUUAAUUUUAGAGAAAUACACUUUAUGGUUCACAUAGCCCUUAAGAUACAAAUAAAUUAAAUUCUGCACUGUAUGUGGCACAUCCUUGCAGUUCAGGAGGGAAUGCCAAAUACAUUCUUGUGAAAUUUUAUAGCUUGAUUUGUAACUAUUGUACUUUUUUAGCAUGUUAGAUUUGCAGUUUUACACAUUAAGUUAAUUUUCUGCUCCUUGUAUGUGCAGACACCUUAAUAUACUUCAAACACAAUAGUAAAGUUUACUGAUCAAAAUUAUAUGGUAUGGAUGCAUGUAGCUAUCAAAGCAUCAUUCAGAGGCAUUUAAUGGUCGUGGUAUUAGCUUCAUUGGAAUAAACUGUUUACAGGUAAGUGUGGGGCAUCUAUUUUCUUGAUUUUAAUCCAGAAAGAUCCCAAAUGUGUGUUUUAAUCCCAAAGGAUCCCUAUUACAAUUGCACUGGGGCUACUUCUGGCCCCUUCAAUAUCUAACUUUGCUCUGGGUUAUCAAUUUAACAUACAUAGUAGAAAGCGACUAGCAUGGUUGGUUGCACCAUGUGUGUGCAUUGUGUUUCAGAGUACAACAGAAGAAACUCUACAUAGUGAAUUUACAAACACUCAUAAUUCAACACUAGGUGAUGAUGUAGUGUAUUCAUUGGAGUCUGAGUAAAUGGGGGGAAAUAGUAUUAUUUCAGUAACAUGUAUUUGGACUUGGUUACAAAAGGGCAAGGAGACACGCCUGUUUAUACCUAGAUCCAAAACAUGUUGUUUGGGGGUUGUAUCCAAUUAAUUAUACUUGGAGUAGACCCAUUGAAAUUAGUGAACCUAAAUUAGUUAUGUUUAUUGAUAACUUUGGUUUAUGUUUCAUUCAUAACUCUUAGUAGUACUUGCAUUGGAUACAACCCUAGGAGUCUGUAAUCCAGCCAGUUUUGCACAACUGGCUACACUUGUUAAUUUAUGGAUUCCAGAAAUCCUGAUGCAAAGGCCUUUUGAGAAUCAGCUAUCUGUAUCAGCUGCAGUUUCAGUACUUUCGUGUAUCACAACCAAUAUGUGAAAAUAAGGGCUGUUGAUUUUAUUAAUCGUUUAGAUAUGACUUCUAGAACUUAGCCCCUCUCUUUUUUAUUAAGAAUAAAAAGGCAAGUUAUUUUCUCUCAAUUGAGUUUACAGCUUCAGAUUAAUUUUUUUAAAAAUCAAAUAUUUUCCUGUUGAAAAAUGCUGGGAAGCUUACGGCAAUUUCUAACAUUAAAAAUACAAAUAAGAAAUUAAUAGCACAUAAAACAAACUCAUUGUAAAUAUAAUAUUGGGGAGCACAGCAAUGAGAUAAAAUAUUGAAAGAGUAAUAAUAUUAUCUCUUAGGCUUCAAAGCCCUGUUGAAGAAGCCUUCCUUGGUUUUUUGAUAAUCAGUAAAAAUAAUUCACAUUUGCUUGUCCCUCACAACUGAGUUUCACACUGCAUAAAUUGCUCUAUUACAUCCUAUUGCGGUUUUAAUUUUCUUGAAAGAUAGGAAUUUGAAAUGCAUUUUAAAGAAAAUUGGACCUGUAACAUAAAAAAAUAACUAUUUGAUGGUUGAAUACUUCAAACUUUUUACCUCAGAUCCUUAGUUCCUUUAGUUCAAGGAUUAAUUUGAGGAAAACAAGUUCAGUUUUCCAAGAUUCAUUUUCAAAAUGUUUUUAAUUAUUCAGAGUUUGGCAUAUUGGAUCACUAUAAGAUACCAUCUUAGAGUAAUUAUGCAAAGUAGACAUAAUUAAAAAUCCAGUUUUAUUCAUUUGAAAAAUAACUGGCCUGCCUUGUUCUGAUAUUUAUUGAUUCUACAUAAUCUUACUGUUCUCUUAGGUGUGGAAUGGUGGGUAACCAUUCAAGGUAGCAGUGAGAUCACACAGAUCCAGUUUUCGGAGCAUGUCCUAGAAGUAGGAUUGGAGGCAGUCUACAAACAGGCAAUGCAUGUUGCACACCCAAUCCAAAUUUGGUUUUAUUCAUCUCUCUCUCUCUCUCUCUCUCCCCCUUUCUUAAAAAAUCUUUUAAAGGUGUGGGUCUCCUGAGGAGUCACAGAUCGAGUUAAAUGAAGCAUAUCCACACUUACUGAUACUUUCAUACAACAAUAUCUACAGCAGAUUAGCAUACAAGUCCAUAAAAUAUACUAGCAGUAAAAAAAGGAUUUAUUUCAGAAUAAAUCCUUUUUUACUGCUAGUAUGUUUUAUGGACUUGUACCUGAUUUUUAAAAAAUAAAAAUAAAGUCACAAACCCUUUAAAAACAAAAUAACAACAAAACAAAAUAAAACACCAAAAUCAUACCAUUUUUGAUAGGAAAGGGGUUAAAAAUAAGUUACAUAUAUAAAAUAAGAAAAAGAACAAAACCACCCAAAUCUCUUUAUAAAACUUUGCUGUGGAAAAGAUAAGUCUACAUAACCUAUAACAGCAGCAGCCUGAAAGAAACAUAAAUGCUUUUCACUUUGUAAAGUCUUGCUGUUUGAUUGCCUGGAGGCAAUUCUUAACUUUCAGUAUUGGAGAAAACUAAAAACAUUUUUAUAGAGUUUAUGAAUAAAUGGGUCAGCCAUCCCCUGAUAAUAAUCACUUGAAAAUAAUGGCACUUAACGUGGUUCACAAGAAGGAAAGUGACAAAAAUAACAACUGAAGUUAAUACUGUACAAAAAGUUACUCCCUUGCUGCUAUUGCAGCAUGACUUUCAGAUUCUGCAAUAUUAGCCCUGUGUAUGUUGUAUGAAGUUGGAGUGAACAGUGUAUGCCUUUGGGGCAGCAUGAUGUUAAUACAAGUCUACCUCCUGUCCCUUCACCACAACCUUAUUCUCCUUUUUCCUCCCUGUAGCUAGACUGUAAAGCAGGGAUGAAAAUCUGUGUUUCUUCAGAUGUCAUUGAACUCCAUCUUCCAUCAGCACCAGCCAACAUGGCCAGUGGUCAGGGAUGUUGGGAGAUGUAGUUUAGCAACAGCUGGAGGGUUGCAGAUUCCCUAGUUCUUAUCUAGAGAAACCACAUAGGCAAGGGAAAGCUUUGGCAGUUUUUUGGUGGUCUGUGGUCCAGAUGCCUAAUUCUUUGUUACUGAGAUCUGAAACUCAACUGCCUAAACAAUAAGUCCAUGGUGGAAGCAACAUCUAGUAGGGGCAAUCAGUAUGUUCAUACAAAAUUCCACAGAAUGGAAGAACCUGGAAGUCUCAGUAAAUAUAUUAUUUACAGUCUGUUCCAGUAUUCUGAAUAGUGCUUCUUCCUUUGUCUCAAAUUCACAGAUUAUCAAUAGGAUUGACAAACAGUCAGUUGACUGACUGUUGUUUGACUUUGGUCCAGUAAAGCUAAGAACACGACUGUGGGUUUUGUUAUUUUAAAUUUUGCAACUGUACACUGGCCCUGGCAUUCUAUGGUAAAAGUCAAAAGACAAGAACUGUUCAGUGAAUUAUUUCAGUCAGUAGAAAUUGUACUUGACAUGGUUAAAAGUUAUAAUAAUUCAUUAUUUUUAUUAUUAAAAAUCCAAUGUUUUACAAUAACAAUUAAUUUGUUUUUGUAAUUAAUGUAAGUAUUAAAUGUUUUGAUGAUGAGAGUUAAUUACUAGGUUGAAUCUGUGUGCCUUCUGAUAUUAAAGCAAGGUUGCUAUUUUUCUUGACUUGUUCAGUUUUGAAAAAAUAUGUCACAGUGUCUGUGGAUUAUGAAAUACUGGUUUAAAUAGGAAGACAUUGAAUGCCUAUAAGUGGAAUGAUCAAAUGGGAAAUUCAGAUUCCUUUGUACAAUGCCCUGCUCAUUUAAACCUGAAACUCAGCAAUCUACCAUUGUAGCACAAUUACCCUAAAGUGCUGACUACUGUGGUUUGGGGCUAGGGGAGCAGGAAGGAAGCUACUCAUCUAGCAACAAAUCUGAGUGGUGCAGUGCAGUGAAUGGAUGUUGCUGUUUUCUUGUCCCCCCAAAAUAUGCUGCCUUUAAGCUUGAAAGGUGAAACAAGUUUGAAUGUACACCUCAUAGUGCAGGGGUGGGUAACUUCUGCUUACCAGGCCAAGUUUGGCUUGCCGCUGGUCCAGUUUGGCUCAUGAGGCCGUUUCCCCCAAACCAUGCCUGCCCGCCCAUCUUAUCAACAUCAGUUGAUAAGCAGAAGGACAGGAUUUUAUCCCUCAUUGGCUGUGCCACUUUGGUGUCUGCAGGGAACAGGAUCAUGCUGCCUAGGAAACAGGAUUUAAUAUCAACUCAUUAAAUGACAUCACAUGACUGACAGGUGGAGAACCCUUGCUGGAGCAGUGUGAACAUGAGGGUGGAGGUGCUUCAGAGAGCAGUUAGCCAAGCCGCUCUCUGCCUGUCUUCAAAGAACAAAGGGUCUUAACCUUUGCCCAGCAGCUGAUGGGUGAGCCUUGGCUGCACAAACCUCUUCCCGGCUCCCCACCUCUGCCAUAGGGGCAUAUCUGUUCCCCAUCUUCCUUUUUUCUCUAACUGACGCUGAAUUGAUCUUCACAUGUCAUUGCUCCUGGAUGUCUGCUCAGUCCAUUGAAUUGCCAAAGUAUACAGACACAGUUCAAGUUUGUGAAAUAGUAAACUCAGUGAUCCUAAGUGACCUGUCAAGGAUGAUGCUGAGUUUUGGUAUUAGUAUAGAUAUGUGGCACCUGCAGCAAAACCUUGCAGUGUGUCAUCACUUCUGAAUAUGAGUGCUUUUCAGAGUUUCAGCUGGUCUUUUCUUCCAUGCAGAGUAUUAUACCCAAACCAAACCAUUGGUCUAUUUUUAGGAUUCCCAUUCAGGAAUUUUAUUUUUAUGGUUUUAAAAAAAAAUUUAAAGUUCUAUAUGUCUGCAAACAUUGGGUUCUCCCAGGCAGGUUGACACCUCCCUUUUGUUUCUCAGUGGCCCUGUUUUGGCUCCCAUUUUUGUUGACACUCAGCACUUUAGUUUGCUGUUAGAGGGAUUGGUGAUAUUUUUUCAUCUUUAUACUUACUACUAAAUUCAUUAGUUUUAAGUACACCAACUUUUAGCUCAGUUUUCCUUUUUCAAUAAACCAUUAUUUACCCUUUAUACUUUAUACAAGACUAUAAUACAUUCUAUUUCUAAGAUGCUAACGUUUCUGGGGGAGAAAAUGGCAAAUUCAUCUGAGACAUCUGAAGGCAAUCAAGUCUUUGGAAAAGUGUCUCUUCUCUCUUCCCACCACGUGCCUGGUUUUCAGUGGACAGAAUAUGUUCUCUGGAUAUCUCAGAUAAGCAACACUUUGAGUUUUAAUUAUCUUUCUAAUACAUUUGAAGAAGGGUUGGUUGGGACAGAGUCUAGGAGGACCCUUACCAUAUGUUUCUCAUUGACUCAUGCAGCUCAAAGAAAAUGAAUGGCACACUAGACCAUCCUGACCAACCGGACAUUGAUGCCAUCAAGAUGUUUGUGGGCCAGGUCCCACGGAGUUGGUCUGAAAAAGAUCUGCGAGAUCUGUUUGAACAGUAUGGUGCUGUCUAUGAAAUAAAUGUCCUGCGGGACAGGAGCCAAAAUCCUCCUCAGAGCAAAGGUGAGAGCCCUCUCUUUUCUUUUUACUGGAGGUUUUGGUCCAAGAUCAUUAUGCGUCUUAUUGACACUUAUUACUCUGAGAAAGCAUGUCUUUGUGUUGUUUUGAUAUCACGAUCCAUGCAUGAUCUUCAUGUUACUGUAUUUGCUUUAGUAGCAAGAAAAGCAGAUAGUAGGAAGGUUAGUUUAAAUGUCUGUUGUUCUUAACAUGCAGAUGCAAACUUGGGCAUGUCACUACAUGUUGACAGUUUUAUCGUUGAGCUGUACCUGCAUAGUUUGCUUAUUUUAUAGGUUUUCUCCUGAAAAAGCAUAAAUGUGUGAAGUAGCCCUAAGUUGGGGACAUAAUUCACAUAAUGUUAUUCCAUUUGGGUGUCUUACUGAUAAGAUUCACAAGCAAGGAGUGCCCACUUGAUGUCCAUUGAAACAUUUUCUACAAGAUUGAUCUGUCUUUUGACCUGUGCAACUCAGUCUCAAAGUGUGAAACAAGGCUCUCAAGAGUUUCAGGAAGUUGCCACAAAAGGUGUAAGCUCCUGACCCCCCAUCUACUUCUGCCUUGAACUAUUGACCGGGCCAGGAGGUAAGAUUGUAGGAAAAGGUUUACUCUUAGUGUUACUAAUAAGCAUCUGAUGAGGUGAGAAUAAGGUGCAACCAUGAGCAGUUAACUUGCAAUAGUAAAAAAAGGGUUUUAUCUGCUAUAUUGUGAAUUCUGAAAACUAAAGUGUCAUGCAGUGGAAUGAGACCUCAAAAUCCAAAUGUCCAUAGUGAAGGACGUUGCUUCAAGAUGCAGAUAAAGGGGACAUUUUUUUUGCUCUCUCACUAAACAAAAGCUCCCUGCAAGUUGGGAAAAGAUACUAUUGUAUUCGGGACCCUGUAUCUUAAAAAGCAGAGACAUCACCUUGCCAACAAAGGUCCGUAUAGUUAAAGCUAUGGUUUUCCCAGUAGUGAUGUAUGGAAGUGAGAGCUGGACCAUAAAGAAGGCUGAUCGCCGAAUAAUUGAUGCUUUGAAUUAUGGUGUUGGAGGAGACUCUUGAGAGUCCUGUGGACUGCAAGAAGAUCAAACCUAUCCAUUCUGAAGGAAAUCAGCCCUGAGUGCUCACUGGAAGGACAGAUCCUGAAGCUGAGGCUCAAGUACUUUGGCCAUUUCAUGAGAAGAGAAGACUCCCUGGAAAAGACCCUGAUGUUGGGAAAGAUGGAGGGCACAAGGAGAAGGGGACGACAGAGGAUGAGAUGGCUGGACAGUGUUCUUGAAGCUACCAGCAUGAGUUUAACCAAACUGCGGGAGGCCGUGGAAGACAGGAGUGCCUGACGUGCUCUGGUCCAUGGAGUCACGAAGAGUUGGACAUGACUAAACGACUAAACAACAACAUCAUUCAAAUGAGGAAUAGUUGAUUUCUUGUUAGUUCAAGUUCUGCAUACCUCCAGCCUUGGGUCUUGUGAAUACGUAAGUCACUUAUAUAAUUGGGGCUGAAGUAUGUUAAAUAGUGAAGGCAUUAGAAACAUUACUUUUGAUAUGAAUCUUACCCUUAAAAUAUUCAGAAUUCAGUUAGUGGCAGCUUUUGACUUAAUGCAUUCUGCUAUCAAAUAAUUUAUGCUGGAAUGGAUUAUUUUUAUAUGUUAUGCAUCAUGUAACUUGUUUGCAUUACAGGAUGCUGUUUUGUUACAUUUUAUACCCGUAAAGCUGCACUAGAAGCACAGAAUGCUCUUCAUAACAUGAAGAUUCUCCCAGGGGUAAGACAAUAGGCAUCAUCUAUUUAAUCUGCUCUUUCAAUAUUUCUGCAUGAAUCCACACUCAGGAUGCCAUCUUUUCUGGGAUGGGGUAUGUGGAGCCCCUUGGCUUGACUAAUAUAAAUAUAGGCGACUCCUCACCUACAUGGGGGGUACAUUCUGGGCCCUCAUGUGCACAAGUGAAAAAACAUAUACAGUGGUACCUCAGGUUACAUAUGCUUCAGGUUACAGACUCCACUAACCCAGAAAUAGUACCUCGGGUUAAGAACUUUGCUUCAGGAUGAGAACAGAAAUCAUGCUCCGGCAGCGCGGCGGCAGCAGGAGGCGCCAUUAGCUAAAGUGGUGCUUCAGGUUAAGAACGGACCUCCGGAAUGAAUUAAGUACUUAACCCGAGGUACCACUGUAGUUGGGAGUACCCUCUCAACACCCUUUAAACACCUUCUCUGCUUCUCUCUCUUCAAUCAGUACCAAAAAUAAUGUAUCCACAGCUAGAAUUGAAGCCCUGGGUCUGGCAGGAGGACAUACAGGAAAGGGGCAGCUGCUGUUGAGCUAUCCUGCACAUCAGCUGUUAGGUGGGAAGGCUGAGCAGCAUAAACAAAGUCCUGCUGCAUUUCAGGUCUCUUCAGGUGCUUCCUCUGUCCUCAUUGACGUCCUCUUCAGGAUUCGGGGAGGGUCUCCACGAGGACUCUCCUGCUAUUUCCGGGUUUGAAUUGAAUUACUGAAUUAUUUCCCGGCACUUUGCGUGAGUUGAUUGUGCAUAAGUGGAGAGACGCCUGUACUGUCUUCUCUGUCCUCUGAAUUAGUAUCUGUAAAAAUGGAUUUAUAAGUUCUCUGGUUACAACAGCUUUGAAAGGAAUGUAUAGUUGUGGCUGGAGGUGAUUUACUCCCCAAAACUUGAUUUCCACCUCUGCACUACUCCCAAUCCUAAUUGCUUUAUCUGUGUUACAGAUGCACCAUCCCAUCCAAAUGAAGCCAGCCGACAGUGAAAAGAAUAAUGGUAAGUGUACGUAAAACAGGCUUUUUUCAAAUUAAUAAGUCUGUUGUAUGGAAAGUUCAUUGAUUUUGACUUAGAAAACAGCAUCCCAUACUACUACUGCCUUUGUGCGUUGCCUUUUGCUUUGCACUUAAGAAGUGAAAGAAGCUGAUCCCUCUCCCUUGGUUGAGGAAAUGCUAAUAAUACUUCUACGGGUUCAGCUUCAAGUUCUAUAAAGCAUAUUCAUUGCAAAGGCUUCAUUGUGAUCCUAAAAGAAAAGGGAGAAAGCAAUAUAUUUGCUUUCUCAGAACCAUUUUGUUAUCUUUGCUGCCUACUGAAUGACGAUAAUCUCUGGCAUAUAGUUUUGCAUCUAGAAUUACAAGGCUGCUCUAUAUACACAACUUUCUCUUCUCUUACUAUAAAUCCUUCUGUUCUAAAAGAAGAUUAUAGUCUAUUACAGUAUGCAACGAUUUUUUUUUUUUUAAUGGAUCAUUGUAUUCAGGCUUGCAAGCUUGUUUCAUACUGGAAAUUACCGUAUUUUUUGCACCAUAACACUCACUUUUUUCCUCCUAGAAAGUAAGGGGAAAUGUCUGUGCGUGUUAUGGAGCGAAUGCCUGCGGGUGGCGGGGGGAUCUGCUGCAGUCGUGAGCAGAGGAUCCAUGGUUCCCCUUCCUUCCCUCCUCCGUGGUUACAAAGCAUGGAUCCACAUGGAUCCUCAGGAUUUUGCAUUGGGCUACUCCAAACUCACUGUCAGAUCACAUGUCUGUGGCCACAGCAUGAACCACAAAAAUCAUAUAUCCACUAUUUCGUUUAGAAUAUAUUUUUUUUCUUGUUUUCCUCCUCUAAAAACUACGGGCGUCUUAUGGUCUCGUGCGUGUUAUAGAGCGAAAAAUACGGUACUUCGUAAAAUCCACCUAUGUUAAAGGAGAAAUCACUGUCUUCUAUUUAUAUUAAAAGGAUGAUCAAUUUCUUAGUAAUAAAAGCUGGUCAGUGUUUUUUGCACUGUAGACUACUUCAGCUUUUCAUUUUCUGUGGUUUAUUGAUGUGUAAUACAUUCUUUGUUACAAAUUAUGUAAUUAUAUAAAAUACAAAUAUGUGCUCAUUUGUCUAUCAGUUUGUUCAAGAACAAACAAGUUGUUCAUGGUUUAAAUUCGUGGUUUAAAUUUUAAAUAUGGUUUUACAUUUUUGUGUACUGGAACAGCUUAUUAAUGUUGCCAACAAAAAUAUGCCAAAUAGCAAUGUACAAUGAGAAGAUCUCUCUAUUUAAUCAAUUCUUAAUCUAAAUGACGGUAUCCAGUGCUCCUGUUCUGCUAGUGGAGUUACUCUACAGAACAGAACUUCACUUCCUCUCCCUUACAGCCCCCCUGCCCCCUCAAAAUCUGCUUCAAGGGCUUGGGGGACCAGAUGGAGAAAAUUUUGGGUUCACACGGUGAGGGGUGUGUUUGUAGAUAAACUGUGAAGAAAUCUAUUUAUAUAAUUUUACUUACUUCUUUAGUCAGGGCAGAUAAGUGACUUUCCUUUUUGUUCUUCUCUUAGCUGUGGAAGACAGGAAACUGUUCAUUGGGAUGAUAUCAAAGAAGUGCAAUGAAAAUGAUAUCAGAAUGAUGUUUUCCUCCUUUGGGCAGAUUGAAGAAUGCAGAAUUCUACGGGGUCCUGAUGGCUUAAGUCGAGGUAAGCAUGGGGAGCUGGUAUGAAAUUGAUGAUCGUUUUGGAGAUCUCUCACACCCAAAGUAUCUUACUGGAAAGCAUUUUAAAUCUUUGAAGUCAGCAGAAUGUCCACCUCCCCUUUUUUUGUAAAAGGUUUGUGUAAACUUAGCAAGUGAAUUUGAUCCUAUUAUCUUCCCAGGUUGUGCUUUUGUAACUUUUACAACAAGAGCUAUGGCACAAACAGCAAUCAAAGCAAUGCACCAAGCACAGACCAUGGAGGUAAGAAACGUUAUUUAGAGUAACUUGGAUAGUUUGCAUUGAGCAUACACUGGCCUUAACUGUUGGAAAGAGCAGAAGGUUCUGUAACUCUGAAGUUUUCUAAGUGUUGCUGUAUUGUUUCUUGGUUUGAACCCCCGCUACUGGCACGCCCACACAUAUCUCCAAUUUUAUGAUAAAUUUGAUAAAGGUACAUUAACUUUAAAACAUGGGAAAACAGGGCUAGAACUCUGGAAGCUAGGAGAUUGCUUUAAUAAUAUUGGUGUGUUUUUCUAAAUGAUCAGAGUUAUUUGUGGCAUUUGGAGGUAAUAUAUAAAGUAUAAUUAUGUGAAUUGAUAUUGCAGGGAUGCUCUUCUCCCAUCGUAGUGAAAUUUGCAGAUACCCAAAAGGAUAAAGAACAGAAACGAAUUGCACAGCAGCUCCAGCAGCAGAUGCAACAAAUCAGUGCUGCAUCAGUUUGGGGAAACCUGGCUGGACUGAACACACUUGGACCCCAGUACUUAGCAGUGAGUUUCCCUGGCGGUUUCUGUGCAAAAUCAUUCGGUUUAUCCACAAUAAUUACUUGUAGCAGAAGAAUCCUUGUGCUGAUGUUUUGUUGCAAAACUCAGUGUUUCAUGGGCAAGUUGGUGAGUGUAGGUAAUUAAGUUGAUACCAUUUAACAGCAUUCAUGUGCUCAGGUUGGUGAGGAGGGAUCUGUCACUGUUUCAUGAGGACUGAAGUACUGUCCUUCUAAAGGUUUUCAUUUGGCAUAAAUACAGAAAGGAUCUGUGUUAUUUUCUGUGUUUAGUAUGUGCGUAGUGUUUUCUGUGGUGUGAGGCAUUUUUGCAAUUACACAAUCAGUGGCACAUUAGCCACGAAUUGAGAGAGAACAUUUUGCAUGCAGUUGUGUGGGCAGUGAGAUUUCACCCUUUUAAUGGUAUUUGAGAAUGCUAUUGCUUUGUGUGCCGCUUGAUAUGGUCUGUUUGAACAGUGGCUAUUCCACUUAGGACGGCGCUCUGGCUGUGGUGUAGUGCAGUGUCUCCCAGAAGUGGAGCCAGCCCUCAUUCUCACUCUUGUUCUGUUUUUGGUGUAAUGUCUAGCUUUAUUUACAGCUCCUUCAGCAGACAGCAGCUGCCUCCUCUGGAAAUCUGAACACACUGGGCAGCCUCCACCCAAUGGGAGGUGAGUGUUUUCUUUCCUUGCCUCUUGGAAUCUGAAAGUAGGUUCAAUGUCAUAUUGAAAAAGAAUCAUGAGAAGGCUGUUAAGAAAGUGUGGUAUGAUAUACUAAUGUCAGUGAAGAUGGCUCUCAGUUGCUUAUGACAGAGAAGAGUCCGGAGUUGAAUUUUUACUCUUCUCUCUGCACUGCCUCUUCAUUUUUUCUAAGGAUUUUAUUUCAGAUGUGCAGGAAGUGUUCUAAAUGCAGAAGAAGUAAGAAGUACAGUUGCAGUUAGGUGACUGUCCAACUCAUGUUCCUCAUUCUCAGGCAUAUUUAAUAUAUCGAUUUUUCUAUCUAUUCUGGAAAUUUUGUAAUGGUCAGACAAUAAUAGGAAAAAUAUUGCUUCACUUUAUAUAGUGAAUUUCAAGCUGUGUUUAAUUUUAGAAUCUACAUAUGUCUAGCUCAGUAAUGUGGAUUUUCUGUGGGAGGGGAAUCAAUUGGAAUUUAUUUAUUUUUGGGGGAGGGGGAUUCAGUUUGCAAUAGAAAAUUUACUAGAGUAACUUAAUUUGACAUGCUUGUUUUUAGUUGUAUUUCAUAAAUAUAGCUUUAAAAAAUAGAAAGUGGCACCCAUUCAUUGUUACUAAUGAAUCUAUAAAAUUAAGAAUAUUCACAGAAAAAUAAAGCACCAGAAAACUUCAGAAAUUUUUCCACCUCACAUCACUUGUCUAGCAUCUAUGCUUUUGUGUUUGAGCAAUCUUUUUGUUGUAUCUCUUACAGCUAAUAGCUUCUCUUUUUUUAAGAAUGGAGAAAAUUAGCAAAAUAAGGCAAAAAAUUCCUGUCCCAGUACCUACAAUUUACCAUCAGGGUAACAAAAGCUUUACAUAUUAAAUGUAAAGUUAUUUUUAAAAUAUUGCUUUUGAACAAGAGACUACAAUCACAGUGAAGAGCCACAGCUAUCUUUAAUAAGCUUUUCAUUUGAAAGUAUUAAGGGUAAUGGAGAAGAACCACAUGGAACAAUAUUGUAAAGGAUAAAAAUGUAUAAAAUUAGAUGGUGCAUACCUCAUACCCUGAAUUAGAGGUGGGAUGACAGGUUAAUGUCAAUACAGUGAAUAAGGGGAAGAACAUACAGCUGUGGUCAGCAUUUUUACUCUUCUCUCUGCACUGCCUCUUCAUUAUUUCUGUGUUUAGUAUGUGCGUAGUGUUUUCUGUGGUGUGAGGCAUUUUUGCAAUUACACAAUCAGUGGCACAUCAGCCACGAAUUGAGAGAGAACAUUUUGCAUGCAGUUAUGUGGGCAGUGAGAUUUCACCCUUUUAAUGGUAUUUGGGAAUGCUAUUGCUUUGUGUGCCGCUUGAUAUGGUCUGUUUGAACAGUGGUUGAACUAGAUGACCCUUAGGAUCCCUUCCAACUCUGCAAUUCUGUGAAUCAGAAUAAUUUGAAUUCUGCUUUUUCCAGACGAGAUACAGUCAUACCUCGGGUUGAAGUAGCUUCAAGUUAAGUAUUUUCGGGUUGCACUCCACGGCGACCUGGAAGUAAAGGAGUGUGUUACUUCCGGGUUUCACCACAUGCGCAGACACUCAAAAUGACGUUUUACGUUUACUUCAGGAUGAGAACGGGGCUCCGGAACGGAUCCCAUUUGUAUCCAGAGGUACCACUGUACUACAGAGUCCCUCUUUAACAUGCUGCAUUCACAGGGAUUUCAAGUCAUUGGCAGUUGUAACUGGGAAAUGUAGGACAGCAUGAUCAAUAACUCCUGCACCAUUUAGGUUAAGUCCCUGGAGAGGUUAUGGAAUCAUAGAAUUGUAGAGUUGGAAGGAACACCAAGGGUCAUCUAGUCCAACCCCUCGCAAUGCAGGAAUCUUAACUAGAUCGUAUAUGACAGAUGGUCAUCCAACUGCUGCUUAAAAACUUCCAAGGAAAAAGAGUCCACCAACUCUUGUGAGAGUCUGUCCUACUGUAGAAUAGCUCUUACCGUCAGAAAGCUUUUCGUGAUGUUUAGGUGGAAUUUUGUUUCUUUUCAAUUGAAUCCAUUGGUUCAGUUCCUAAGCUUGUUCUAUCUUCCAUGUAACUAGCCAUUAGAUAUUUGAAGGUGGCUGUCAUAUCUUCUCACAGUCUCCUCUUUACCAAGCUAAACAUUCCCAACGCCCUCAUAAUGCUUGGUUUCCAGACCCUUUAUCAUCUUGGUCAUCCUCUUCACGUGUUCUAGCUUGUCGGUAUCCUCCUUAAAUUGUAGUGCUUGCACCAGGCUUACACAGAUGUUAGACAAUGUCUAGACUUCAUUGAGCAUUCAUUCUGAUUUGUUUGUGAUGAGCUUUUAUGUCAAAUAACAUUCAUGCUGCAUUCAUCUUGAGUUGGUUGCAGAAUGGUUAAAUAUCUCCCCAUUAAUCCCACACUUUUUAGUGCAUUUCCUUAUCAUUUUACUAACUGCAAAAGUCUGCUUUUGUCUGACCUUUGCCUAUGCUAUGAAUGUUGGAAGAUUCAGGAUAGAUAAAAGAAAGUACUUUGUUACUCAGCACAUAGUUAAAAUAUGUAACUCACUCCCACAGGAAGUAGUAAUAGCCACCAACUUAGAUGACUAUAAAAGAAGAUAAGACAGAUUCAUGCAAGAUAGGGCUUUCAAUGACUACUAGCCAUGAUGGCUGUAUUCUGCCUCCAUGGUCAGAAGCAGUAUACUGAAUUCCACUUGCUGGAAAUUGCAUGAGAGGAAAGUGCUGUUUGCGCUCCGGUCCUGCUUGCAGGUUACUCACAAUCACCUGGUUGGCCACUGUGAGAACAGGAUGCCAGAUGAAAUGGUCGUUGGCCUGAUCCAGUAGGCUCUCCUUACGUUGUUGCCCUGUAGGUGAGAAUAUUAAUAAAAAAAAAACCUUCUUGCAUCAGGAGUUUGUGGUGCUUGAGAAUGUUAGGCUUCACUCUCCUCCAUAAAGCAACUUCUGAAUGCUGUUGGAGAAAUAGGCUGCUGGGUUCACUAGUGAUUUAGUGCUUAGUGGUACCAGAACAGAAACACUAUUCAUUGAUGUGUUGCAGGAUUGAAUGCAAUGCAGUUACAGAACCUAGCUGCAUUAGCAGCUGCAGCCAGCGCAGCUCAGAGCACACCAAGUGGUACCACUGCACUCAAUUCUUCUAACAGCCCUUUAAGUGUGCUCACCAGUUCAGGUAAGAGAGCCAUGUCUUGGUAUAAUACAGUUUUGCAUAUCUUAAGGCCACAUGACAAUGAGCCAGCUACUCAUUAAAUCAUAAGCUUUUUUGUGGGGAGACUUGAUUAGUCCUGCCUCCCCAAAACACAUUUCUGCUGUUUACACAACAUGAAACAAAUCAGUGUAGGUGCCUUCAGCAUAUGUGAUAGAAGUGGGUAUAUGUUGCAUCUGUAAAUAAAAUGCAUUUUUGCUUAACAUGUGAAGUAGUCUUCAAACAUCAAAGCCAUCUUCCACAAGAAGGUGUUCUUUUUCAGAAUAUAGUUGAUCUUCUGAUUCUCCAAUUUUCAACUUGCUUUAGAUUAUUGCAGGGUCAAGUGGAAUUGAGAGAAGGGUUGCAUGUCAUAAUUAGUUGCGAGAAGAUAAUUUGCAUUCUGAUCACAGAUGCAGGCACACCAGGCCACGCAUUGGCAUUUCCAAAGUGCAGUGCUGAACUUUGAUACAUGGAAAUGAAUGGUGACUUUGAAGGAAAUUAAGGGAUUUCAUUUAAGUACUUAAUGAGAAAGAAUGGAAACUAAAGUGGUCCCAGUUAUCUAGCAAGUCCGAUGCCAGAGUAGGAGUGGGAAACGUUUUUCAACCUGAGGGUCACAUUCUCAUGGGCAGCCUUCUGGGGCCUGCAUACCAGUGAUGAGUGGGAUAAUGGAUGUGACUCUUUACCUUUGUACAGUAGGCUACAGUUCAGUCACGCAAAAGGUCAGAUGUUUUAACACAUGCAUCUCUCCAUCCAGUCAAGCAAGAGGUAUUAUUACAAUUUAAGGACACAUUCCAGCCAGGCCAGAAGAACUAGAGGGGGGUGAGGAGCAAGACUUUGAAGGGCUGUGGCCUGUGAAGAGCCCUAAGAGCCUGAUAGAGAGGCCUGGACAGCCACAUUGGUCCUGGACCAGACAUCCCCCACCUCUGUGCUACAGUGUAGGAAAGGGGAAGUACUUGGGAACUGAUUGGGUAUAUCAUGAUCAACUACUGAGCAGUCAACUGUUCUGAGGUAGUAGAACUCAAAUGUCAGUAAUGCAGCAUGGUACAAAUUCAUGUCAGAUCAGCUUCCAUUGUGCAUGCAUCAACAUGUCUAGCUGCCAGUUGAUCAGGGCAAGUGUUCCCAGCCUCUGUUGAGCAAGGCACCCAAUACUGUGCAGGUCCCUACCCAGAGGUCUCAUUUCUACUGUGGUUUCCAAGCAGGUUACCAAACAACAAAGGUCCCUUCUCAGCAGUCCUGCUGGUUUUUUAUUUUCUCCAUACACCAUACAAAUGAGAGAGACUCCAUCUCCCAAGGCAUCUCUUCAUUUCAGAGAUUCUGAGGAGGAAAUUGGUGAUGACCUCAAAUAAUGGCUGGCUUGCAAACUAUGCGGACCCCUGCCUGCCUUAGUGUCUAGGUACAAGGUUACCAGUGAAACAGGCUUUGAGGUUUGCACCCCCAAGAUUAACAUGUACUAAUAUGCUCAGAGUUCCAUACAAUAAAGUGAAACAUGAUUAAAUAUGAAUUUUCUGGGGUCAUAUGAGUUUACAGCGGGUCAGAUCCCAGGGCUUCCAUUUUGCAUAAAAAUACACUGCUGUACACAAUUGGGGAAUUUUAAGUUUUGGUAUUUUAACUAUCCUUGGUAUAAAUUACUGAAACCUUCGAUGCAACAUUUUUUAGUGCACAUUUUGGAGAAAGUAGUAAGAUGUGAUUGCGUUGGAAGCAGCUAUUGGUGUCUAAUGCUUUCAUUUUAAUAGCAGGAUCAUCACCCAGUUCCAGUAGCAGCUCCUCUGUUAACCCAAUGGCUUCUCUUGGAGCACUGCAAACACUGGCAGGGGCUACUGCAGGCCUCAACGUUGGCUCUUUAGCAGGUAUGUUUAGCAUGAAGAAAAGAAUGAGCCCUUUGUUCCGGUUGCCUCUCAGCUUCCCUUAAUAAUAACAUAUGAUUUUAAAACUGGUUGACAAAUCAGUCACUGACAUUUAUUCAAAUUUUCUGCUUAGGAAUGGCAGCCUUAAACGGUGGACUAGGCAGUGGUGGUCUCUCAAAUGGCACAGGGAGCACUAUGGAGGCCCUAUCUCAGGCUUACUCUGGGAUCCAGCAAUAUGCCGCUGCAGCUUUGCCCACACUUUACAACCAGAGUCUGUUAACGCAGCAAAGUAUUGGUGCAGCUGGAAGUCAAAAGGAAGGUAGGUGAAAGACAGUGGUGGGAAGGUUGGUUCUCUAAGAGCUAGAGUCCUGUACUUUUGCAAGAGAGAGAAACAAUAGAAACCACAGACAAACAUUAUGUUAAAAUAUCAAAUAUUUUGGCUCCCUGGCCUCAAAUGGCUAAUGACAUAGACUGUUUCUAGUAGCCUUUGGCUAUUGUUACGCAUCCAGGUACACACACACACACACACACACACACUCUCUAUAUAUAUAUGUAUAUUCCUUUCACUGCUGCAUUUAAUUUUGAAAACCUUCAUAAAUUUUGUUUUUAUCCCUUCUUUUAGAAUCUUUAACAGUUCCAGAUUCCUGGGAAAGUGGGGAAUGGUUUUCAUAUUUCAAGCGGUGCAUUUCAUACACAAUAACUUCAGUCUGUACAAUAGUCUAGUAAGGUAGUAGGACACUGACUUUAUUGAGAAUGUAGAGAGCACAUUGGUGUACUCAUGGUAAAUGCAUCAUUGAUGACUGGCUUUGAAAGGAAGGUGUAGGAACUUGGAAGCUAGUUUUGUGCCCACAUAAUUAGCUGUAAAGAUUCAUUUCACAUUUGGAUGAAGUUGUGAGAAACUAAGACUGAGAAGACACAUUUUUAAAAGCUAUAGCUUUUUGGCAGGAAGUGGACAGAUUUUUCACUGACAGAGCCAAGUUUGAGUUGAAUGACUCUUAGUACUCUGGAACCAUCCCUAGCUCUUGAGAGCAGAAUGGGUUUUGAUCUCUGCUUCAAUAUUAAUAGCUAAAGAGUUGUGCUUUCUUUGAAUUUUUCUCUAAAUGGAUAUUUUCAAGGUCCAGAGGGAGCCAAUCUGUUCAUCUACCACCUCCCCCAGGAGUUUGGGGACCAAGAUUUGCUGCAGAUGUUCAUGCCUUUUGGGAAUGUUGUCUCCGCCAAGGUUUUCAUUGACAAGCAGACUAAUCUGAGCAAAUGUUUUGGUAUGUUGGGUAUAUUUUGCAGAAAUGUUCUUAAUUCCUUUCCUUAAGAUAAAAUUAACAUGAAAGCAACUUUUGUGUGCAUAGCUCUUCACUGCUGUGUGAGCAUGAUAGAAUCACAUGAGCCACUUGUAUCUCUCAAAACCUAGCUUAAUGAGAUUCAGACCAUGAAGAUUUGUUUUGCUACAUUGUAGGAUUUUGCCCCUUCAUGAAGUAAUAUCUGAUGAAACUUCUUUGAUAACUUGAUAUUCACCAGUUCAUUGAUAUCUUUGGUAAUGAGGACAAGCCUGUGCAGCUUCAUACUCACCAGUGGGAAUGCAGCCCACGAACCAUAAAGCUUGGCCUGACCUAUGCUUAACAACCCAUCCCAAUAUUUCUUCAUGUGUUUAACUUAUUUCAAACACAUGAAACACCUUUUGUAGAUGUAUGAGUCUUGUUCUGCCGAUUUUGAACCAACUUAUCACAUCAUUGCCUCCCUCCUUCUGUUCUAAUGUAGAUUGUUUUGACACAGUGGCUUAUGUGUAGAUUCAUUGUGGAGGCAGGUGAUACCCUCCAGUAUGUAACAUAACGUAUUAUAGCAGAAGUAAACAUGAAAAGAAUAGUUAAUAAUUGGCACAUGUUUUGUAUGACAUCAAAACUUUAUCCUAGUUACCCUUUUAAUUACCUUCUUAAUGCUAGAAUUUCUUUGCUAUCAGACAGGUCCUCUUUUUGGCAUUUUCAACACAAUUCCUAGCUUUUUCCAGACCUAGAUAGGUAGAAAAACAAGGUUUAUGAAACCCUUUUGGAUCAGGAUAUGGUGUUCUAUGUUUGCACAGAGCUUUUCAGUUUCUUCCAUCCCACAGUAGUCCGUCAGAGGCCUUUCAGAAUGGCACUCCAGGAGGCACCAAGGGCUGCUUCCAAAAGGGAACAUAGACCCCACCACCAUAUCUCACUUGCACUCACACCUCACUCUACGUAAUAAGCCGAUAGUUUUCUAAUGCAGUGCACUAUUGGCUUUGCUUAACAUAAUCUUAUAAUCUGGUGGCUUUGAGUCCUGACUACUUACUCAGUUCUAUGCAAUUCCCAUUGACAUUGGUGGGACUUGUAUGUAUUUAACUGGGUAUAUAAUUGCAGGCAGGUAUAUUUAGUGUUGAUGUGUUUUGCCUUCGUGGGAACAGAAUUUUAAAUUCAGCAGAAGGGAACUUGACAGAAUCCUCCUAUGCUCUGUAAUUUAGUGAUUAAAAUGCCUAUUUGUUCAAUCUCCAAACACACUCUACUUGGUUAUAGCCUUUAGCAUUGGACUGAAUUCAGCCAUUUCCCUAUUUAUACUCACUAACACUUUACGUUUUACCAGCUGUCUGCCACUAGUCAUCUCAGCUCUCCUUAACACAGCACCCUGUCUGGUGGUCACAAUCCCUGGCUGUCCUGGACUAAUAAAUACUGUACUGAACUUAAUGUUUAGAAGCAGCUGAAGCAGAACUUCAAACUCUGCAACUUACACUUCACAUAAAAUAUCACUGUUAUGUAAGAAGUUAUUUACUAUAGCUCAGAAAAGCACCUGCGUACUCUUUCGUUUGAGUCAUAAGGAAACUGGCCUCCCUUGUGAUUUUAAAAAUCGUAGCCCUCUUAUAUUAUCUAAACCUAUGAACAGUUCAUACACUUCAUGGUUGCAGUACCAAUGCAAGCACAAAUGAUGAUGUCAAGAUAUAAAAACAGAAUGGGUUAUUCCCACUCCAGUCUGACCAUAAAUGUUUUAAAUGUAUGUUUUCCUUUUCUUAGGUUUUGUAAGUUAUGACAAUCCAGUCUCUGCACAGGCUGCCAUCCAGUCAAUGAAUGGAUUUCAAAUUGGCAUGAAGCGACUGAAAGUACAGCUCAAGCGCUCUAAGAAUGACAGCAAGCCAUACUGAGCGCCCCUCCCCUCUGGAACUGGAGUGAGAAGGAUCUUCUGGUAAGUUGGGGAGGAGUGUGCCUGGUGAUUCAAAAACUCUUUAAGGCUGUAUUUUUACAGUCACAGAAGCUGAUUGAUGUCAUUCUAACUGGCACAUCUUCCCCCGAAGACUCGGCUGCAGCCUCUACUGGGAAUUCUUCGGAUGGAGGACGAGUUUGUGAUUCUGUUUCCAGUGUUUUACUUUGGAGUUUAGGUGCCAUAUCGCUGAUUAUUAUUUUUUUAAGUUUGCUGUGUUUGUAACCAGUGUGUUUUGAGAAGGACCAAUGCCAGCCACCUUGGGGAGAUGGGGAGAUACCAGGUGCAAGUGGAACUGACAUUGCAUGACUUAGACUUAAGAAGGAGAAAAGACCUAUUGCCAGACCCCAAGUUAUAUCCAUGAAAAGAGGGAGGGAGAGAUUCUGAAUCCAAAUCACUUGGUGGCUGGUUAGUGAACAGACCCUCAAGGAACAUUGCCAAAUCCUCAUUUGCCCAGCUUUACUUAAUUAAUGCCUUAUGGGAGAAUGUUAUACUGAAUCAGUCACUAGGGUGGGAAAAAAGUAAUUGGGCGAACAGAUUCAUGUAUUAAAGGAAAACUGCAGUAAUUAUGAGUGUGUGGUCAGCUUACAAAAUGAUCCAAUUGUGUUUCUAGAGCAAACAUUUACAAUCCAGCCAGAACAACCUUUAAAAAUUGGAUACUUCCAAUUUUCCAGUAUUUGUUGUUUAAUGGAAACUAGGCAAUUUAUAAUGGAGGUAUACAUCUUAGCCCCACAAUUUGCUCAUGAUCUGCUGCAAAUUCUGUAUGUCUUGAUUGAAUUUCCUUUGCGGCUUCUGCCCCAGUUUUACAGCUUGUACAUAAAGAUAUUACUAGAAUCAGUGUUCAUAAAGCACUAUUUAAAUCCUAAGUACUAAACUGACAGAUGGCUUCUAAAUAAGCUCAUGGUUCUUUGAUUCCUGACAUUCUGCUUUUUUGCGCACACUCUUUAGCUGAACAUCCAGAAUAAUACUGCCCCAAAGAUCACAUUUUUUGCUUAUAUAGUUUGAUUUUUCGUAUGUUGCUGUUUUGCUACAUUGCAGUUUUCCUUUGAGUGCAUGUGCCAAUAUAAAACACAAAGGGCUGAAUCUGCUGCACAGGAUCUUGAUCCUGCUAUUGUUUAUCACCCAAUAUAUUUUAACUCACAACUCAGAAUUCUUCCCCUUCUAAUACACGCUUAUUUUUUUCCACACGUAUGAAUUUGCCAAAUUGUUAAAGGGUGGGGGGGUUUUUUGUUUUUUUUGUACACACUGAUGACAUGGGACUAAAGGGAACUUUGACAUUCUGGCCUCAGCCAUGGCAAGAAGUCAGUGUAGAAGCUAGCUCUAAAGCUACAAAAAGCCACCUCUAUCUGUGAGGAAAUGAACGGUGUUAUAUAUAUAUUCACUGCAUUCCUGUGUCCUCAGUUUAUUUGUCUCUUUGGCCCCAUUUUAUUAUUAUGUUUUUUUCACAGCACCCCAGUCAACCCACAAAUUUUGUGUUUGGGAAUCGUGUUUAGGGGAGCAGGGUUUUUUUUUGUUUUUUUUUUAAGGCUUUCAGUUCACUCUGUCAGGAAGAGCCACAAGGCUUGUUGAGCCUGAAAUGCCAUUUAAGAAUGUGCCAGAAACUUGGAAAUCAAACAUAACCAGGGACUGGGUCCCCUGGUGUAUCAAACCUCAGAAGUAUAAGAUGUAUUGGGCCUUCCUUCUCAGGUUCAAGUAAUAUUUUUCUCGUGAAUUUGGAAGUAUUGUUGAUGCAAACUGUCAGUAUUAUAAAGCACACAGAAUGGUGGCAAAAAAGGUUGAAUGGUCAGAUUGCCAAAUUUCCCAUUUAUGCUGGCAUAUGGUACCCUUCUGUGUUCAGUAUUUGGGUCUAUUCAGAAGCAUAUGCAUACAUUUAGGUGAACUGUAUACAUUUGAAUUUUGUGCACUAGGAAAAGUUGUGUCCUGAUAUUCUGAGUGGGGGGGAGUAUUGGAGUGUUGAGGCUUCCAGAGUUGUCAUGGGAUUUUUUUAAAAAAAUAAAUAAUAUACUUUUCGGGGGGCGGGUGUCAUGGUUGGGAGCAGCUGCUCCAUUUGCAACCUGAUAUAACCAAGAAUGUUGUUUCUAUUUUUAUAGAAGUUUUAUACUGCUCCAGGGUGGAGAAUAUUUAUUAUCUAAAUUAUUUCACUGGAAAAAACAGGGUUUUGCAUAAUCCUGAAUGUGAUUGUGUUACACAUACAUACAGCAAUGUGCAUGAUUGAAACUACUGACUUUCAGUGACCUGUCUGCAGUUGGAAAAGCUGCUAAAUAGGAAAAGAAUUAAUGCUGUGAACUAGUGGAGAGGGAAAGCUGUGCUCAAGUUUCUCUGUAGUCACUUCUCCCAGUACUUCCUCUCCCCUGCUCCCUCAGUUACAUUUUUGUUUUUGUUUUGACUACCCAAAUUGGUUUUCUGUGAAUUAUCUGUUCGCUCACCCUUUUAUUUAGUGUACAUAAUAUUCCUAAACAGCAUAUAUGCUCUCAUCAUGGAAACUGUGAGGCAAAUUACCUCCUGUUAAAUUAACAUGACAGCAAGUGGGUAUGGAUGGUUUUAUAAUCUGAGAAGUAUGAUUUAUGUGAGUGCUCUCAUCCCACCUGAGAAUUGCCAAAGUAAACUUUCCAGGUUAAAUUCCAGAAAUCAGGACUCUGGUGUGUAUUGGCAAAGUUGCUGCGCCUUCCGUGCUGGUGCUCUGAAUUACUUUUAACUAGAGGACUUUAACUCCAUAUGCCUCUCCCCUCCCUCAGUUUAAUUCUGAUCUGCCCAUUCAUGCUUUUCAAAACAAGUAAUAAAACUAAGUCUCUGGAGUAGGUUCUCUAUUGGCAAGGAAAUUGCACACACAAAUUCAGCUUUCCACUUUUAGGAUUACGGCCUAUCUGUCACGUUGUGGGUUGUUCUGCACAGUUUUUAAUUUCCUCCAUCCUUUUUCCUUUCCAAGUUUGAACAGAUCCUUUGACAUAAAACCCUGAAUGUUACCUUUUUGCCUAUCCCUCUGUAGGAGACCAGAUUAUUAUCUAUGUUUGAUCCAAUAUGACAAAGGGAUCAAACUGGAAAGCACAGCCAAUUUUAGUUGUUCUUUAUUAAGAAAUACAGGCUACUAUGUAUCAACUUAAGUUGUAUUUAACCUAAAACAAUCAUAGAUGUAUUUUAGAUUAAAACAAGUUCUCAGAAUAAAUUGGGUGUCUGGUAACAUGCAGAGACAAAUCUGGAAUCAAUAAAAGAAGAAACAUUGAACUGAAAAGUAUUUUGGGCUGACUUUGGCAUUCCUGAGGCAUAUCAACCCCCCCCCCCCAAGAAAAGCCUUAUUUUUGUAAUUAAAAAAAGGCUCCCAACAACUGCUGAUGAAUUUGCCUCACAAUAGUGUGCAUUUCCUCUGUAACAUUUUAACUUGAGUAAAUAUAUGUAUAUCCUUCAGCCUUGUGAAUGUGUCCUGGGGGCUGGAGGGGGGGAGAGACAGAAUCUACUUUUCAGAUUCUGCUUGAUGUACAUGUUAAGAUCAAAAAUCUAAGACAGUAGAAUAGCUUAGCACUUGUAAACAGAAGCUCAGUUUUCAUUUGGGAAUUCACACACACAAAUAGAAAAAUAAACUUUUAAACACUGAAAUGAAAUGCAACCGUAUGUUUUAAAUCAGAAUAUUAUAUGCCUUUAAUUGUAAUUGGAAUAAAAGUUACAGUAAACCUAACAAGCCUGCUUUUUCCAGUAAUCACAUGCUGCCUCAGACAGUUUACCAUGUCAUUACCAGAAUGCUUAAAUGUAUUUGUCAUGCAAAUCACAUCUCUUGUGUUGUACCCUUAUUGGAGAUUCUAUCAAUUCUGAGAAAAUGUCAAGAUGCUCAGACAAAAUUCCUUCCACUCAAACUGGUAACAGUGACUGUAGAACUUAUGAGAGCCCAGAAUUCCACCUCACAAAGUCAGGGAGAAGGAUUUAUUUAUUGAAAAAGUUGCAAACGUUUAUUUGUAGGUAUUAAAUAAAAAGGGCUCAGCUGAGGCAAGUCUUGACUUGCAAUAAAGUCUUAAUUCCUUCCUAUUUCAAAGGGUUUUCACUUCUAUUUAUGUAUCUUAUGUCAUUUUUUGGUUCUAAAACCAACAGCCAGUAUCCUUGUUUCCUAAAGAAUAGCUGAAACAGAGGAUGGAUUUCUUAGGCUACUACUGCCUAUGUAUGUCGCAUGAUAGGAAAGAAGAAAGUAUAAUCAACCAUCAACCCCAGUGGUUCCUCCUGUGUCCCCCCAUCUCUUAAAAUCACCCUGGAACCACAUUUUAUGGAUUCAAGAUCUAACAGAGGAGGAGUUCUGUGUUGUCUUCCUCAAGCAGAGGUAGCAGGAGCACUGGCUCAGGGCUGUGGUGCCUGCACAGCUGUCUGUAUGCCACUAAGCCAUAGUCCAUUCUGUAGCUAGUGUCUAAAGGAAAUCCCAGGCCUCUACUUCUAUCUGGUUUCUGGUCGUUUUGAUAUUUAUUUGGUGUCUUAUGCACUUCAACUUUUACUUGUUUGUUGUUGGCAUGUGCUGCCCUUCCCUGUCAACUCCCCUCCCCAAGAGGUCUCAUUGUACAGUGCCCAUUCUUGUUCUCUCUUUCUCACUCUCACUCUCUUUCUCUCUCUGUUUGGAUGUACUGCUCUGUGUAACUCAGUGGGUCUCCUUCUUUCUGGUUUGUUUUUUUUCUAGAUUCCUGCCGUUUGUUCAUCGUUGUGCCUAAAGCAUGUCGAUGUGGCGUUCAAGUACAUCGUCCAAAUCCUUGUCUCUUCAGCUUCUCUGAUGCUUGAACUCUCACCUUUGACCUUGUGUUGACUUUUUGAUGCUGAUGUGUAUUUUUAUUAUGUUUGUUUCUUUUCUUUUCUUUUUUUUUCUUUUUUGUGCUGCCAAAUUGGUUUUGCUAGAAAGACUGCUGAAGGGGAAUAUUUAAACUUGCAUUUGAAUAUAAAAGAAUUCUAUUUUUCUAGAACUUCGUAAGAUAACCACUUGAUUUUGUGAUUCUGAUUCUUUGUAACUGUCUUCAGAGCAGCCUUGCUAGCAUACCUCGUGGAGUAUUGUAUUUCUGUGAACAUACAGCCAAUCACUUUCUAGGCUUAGUUUUUUCUGUGUGCUUAGUUUUAAAACAAAUCUUUGAAGGAAAAGGUAAAAUGAUGCGACUUUAAAAAUUUAGGAGGCUUCUGGUCACAUUUUGCUGAAUCUAUUUUCUGUGCUUGAGGAGACAGCAUGUAUUCUUUGACUUGAGUAGCCUCAGCAGAAAACACUUGAACUACACUUUCUCCUGAUUGUAGCUGCAUUUUUGCCCUGGCACUUACUGUUUUUUUUCCUUCCUGUGUGAUUAUCAGCCUUUGUCUGCAGUGAAAUUUAAUCAAAGUUGAUGUUGUAUUUUGUUAAACCCUAGCAUGCUUAGUUUUUUGUAACUACAGUAUCCUCAUUAAAAUGUGAGAUUUUGUUUUUUUUUCCUUUAAAAACUCAAAUAACGCCCUUGUAAACGUUUUGCAUGUUUCCUGCUGUGUUCUUCACAACCUUGUGUAUAUAAACACCCUUCACCUCUGUUUUCUAUAGUUUGUGCAAAAACUGAGUAAUUCAAUAGGUUUCAGAUCUAUCCUUUUUUGGAUGCCAGACUUGUGGUCAUAUGUCACGUAAUGACAUCUCCUGUGCAUUUAGACUGCUUUACACGAUAUCUGCACCUUGCUCUAUCAUCACAGCUAUUGAAAGGUCUCAGGGGGCUUGAUUGCACUGUUCAGGUGGUGGUGGCGGUGGCAGGGAUAGAAGGAAAGGUGUGGGGUGUUUGCAGUAAUAUUGCUUCUAAGAUCCAUUGGAGCUAAAGCUCUUUUGGGGUAGCCUUAAUUUGUACCUCUUGUUUAAUAUGUGGCUUGCUUUGUGAGGUUUAGCACCAUUAAAGCUCAGUGGAUGGAAGCUUGAUUGCUCUCCAGUCUUUACACUUGAAGUAUCAUGUUCUGCAUAUCCCAUAGAAGGAAUCUGUAAGUUUAGGCACAGAACUGCUGACUCUUUCCCCAAGCGACAAGCACAAUAUAACAGCCUAAUAGCUGUUGCCUGAACAGGGUACCAACCCCGGCUCCUUUUCUCAGGGGCCUUAGCUGGGGGAUGAUCUCUACAGAGAUUUUUUUUUUUAAGUUCUUAAAUUGGGUAAGGAGUCAUGCAGUCUUUCUUUCUUUUUUUCUGGCCUGAUGAAGAAAUAGCACGGAUUAUCCUUCUCUGGGAAGCAUGCGUCAGCCUUCCUGCAUAAACGACCUACUGUAGAAGCUGAGACUUAGUACUGGGUUUCACAGCACCUGCAAGAAACUCCUGUGGUAGGUGCCUAAUCACAAGGGGCAAAGGGUUGGGGAAGCUAUAAAGGAACUUCAGACAGGAGAAAGGAAUGUGAGCAAAACUUCAUAGAGUAGGGGUGUUUGGGAGACCUGUCUCUAGGCCAUAUGGAGUGUUCUAGUCUUUAGGGCAAAAAACAAUCCUGCUCCAUUGUUGGGUGGGUAAUAUUUCUCCAUGCUUGUUAGAUAAAUAUGCAUAGGUAGCUGUUCCCUCAACCUUGUGAUCUUCAACUUUUGAGGGUGAGAGUUGCUUGCAAAGAGAUGAUUGCAAUAUCUGGGUAUACAGCUGUGAGAUAGUUGCUCUUAGGCUCACAGUCGCAAUGCACAGGGAUGUCUGAUAGCAGGGAAUGUGAGACCCUGCAGUGUAUUGAUUAAUUUUGCCAAUACAUUUCUUUACAAUGCACGUAUAGUUUCAUGAGGAACUCUGGGGGAGCCUGUGGAAACAAAAAUCUCUGGAGAAAACCAAAAUGCCAAACGUUGGAUGUUCCUUUUCUUCUUUCCUUUCUUUCUUUGGUUGUUUUAAUUAUUCUGUGGUGGUUUUAAUGAAUUUGAGACAGUAACGCAGCAGCUGCCUUUUAUUUCUGGCUGCUUUUUGUGAAUAAUUUAAAAAAAAAAGAAAAUUUACAUUUUGGAAACAAACCUGUGGGCUUUUUUAUUGGUACACACAUUGUAUUUAACACUAGGGGUUUUGUACAGUUUUUUGGGCUUUUCUACUAGAAAACAAUGUAAAGUGAUUCACAAAUGUGACAAGAAAACAAAUUGCCACUAUGACCAAAUGUAGAGUCUGUUCUGCAGUAACAGGAUUUAAUCAACUCAAAUUUGUGAUUCUGUUGUAGCAAUGCUUUUCUUUCCUUGUUUGAGCUGUUCCUUUUUUCUUGUUUGAUUUGCAAAAUGUCCUUUUUGUGUGAAAUUGUGUUGUACUCUGUAGAAAAUUAUGGCUUUUACUUUAAUGGUUUAAAAACAGAAGCACAUGUUGCUUUUCUGAUCACGGAGUUUGUGUAGUGGAUUUAAAAAUGAAAGUUUUGUUAAGUUUGGAACAAGCGAGUAUGUAUUAAGGAAUUUUCUUCCUUUUGUGUGUGGUUUCUUUUUGUCCCACUGGGGAACCUAAUGCCGUUUUAAUUGCACAGACACACAGACAAGAAGUCAUUUUGUAUAUGCCAAGUGUGGUACCUCCCUUUGUUUAUUUGCUAUUAAACUGUUUGAGAAGAA